CAGUACGUUCGCUCAAACUGUUGUUCUCCCAUUCGGCGGUUCGUUCUUACUGCAAAAAUGGCAUUCUCACCCAGUGAUUUCAAGAACAAAACGCUUGCUGAAGAAUAUCAAGCAAUUCUCAAUGAUUUGAAUAAAGCUGUGCAUGAAAAUCAGCCCGACGAUGUGCUACAGUUCUGUGCCAACUUCUUUAGCCGCCGCCUCGAACACGAUCGAACGCAAUCACGACAGAACAUAUCAAGAGAAGCUCCACAUGAUGAAGAAAUAACAGAGGACGCGGGACAUCCACAUGACCUCCAGAGUCUCCAGUUUCCACCUGUAGCAGACAACGAGCCAGUAGAUCAAACGCAUUUGACCGACAGCAGUGACGAGGAGGACUUAGACGAUGAAGCUCGCGAUACCUUUGGAUCCAUGCCAGCUAUGGAAGCGGGGGCUGGACAUAAUCGAGGAAGACGAACUUCAGUUAGUGCAGAAUCCAUCCAACCUUCAGCGAAUCCAAAUUAUGUUAGAAAGGCUAUUCCUAAGACACAUGAACAGCGUGAACGUAUACGACUUGCAGUCCAAAAUAACUUUUUGUUCAAAAAUUUCGACGAAGAGCAAUAUCAAGAUGUAGUCAAUGCUAUGGAAGAAAAGCGAGUUCCGGCUAAUACCACUGUGAUUGAACAAGGCGGUGUUGGAGACUUUUUUUAUAUAGUGGAGUCCGGCUCACUAGACUGCUUCAUUUCCAAAGACGGCGGCACGCCUCACAAAGUCACCGAGUACUCUGCUGGUGGUAGCUUUGGUGAAUUGGCCCUCAUGUACAAUGCUCCACGAGCAGCCACCUUAAUCACAACAUCUGAAUCUGUUCUUUGGGCACUCGAUCGAGUCACCUUCCGUAGCAUUCUGAUGGAGAAUACAUCACGAAAGAGAAGAAUGUAUGAAUCCUUUUUGGAGGAAGUCCCACUCUUGCGAUCUCUCGAACCAUACGAACGACACAAGAUUGCAGAUGCUCUUGAGUCUGUUUACUUUGACGAUGGCGAAGAAGUCGUUAAGGAAGGAGAUGUUGGUGAUACUUUUUAUAUGGUUGAAUCUGGUCAAGCCAUUGCGUACAAAAAUGGACCAGACGGAGAAAAACAACAAGUUUAUCGAUAUGAGAAAGGAGGCUAUUUUGGCGAAUUGGCAUUAUUGAAUGACAGUCCUCGUGCUGCAACUGUGGUCGCUGUUGGACGUUUAAAAUGCGCUACUCUAGGAAAGAAGGCAUUCACCAGACUUCUCGGCCCAGUUCGCGACAUUUUGAAUCGUAACUCGGAGAGCUACCAAGGAUCAAAAUAAAUUUUCUAAAUCAACGGCUUUACAAUUUUUUUUUUCUUUUUUUCAUA